AUGAAAUGGAAGCAGAUGAAGCAGCAUGACAUGUUUAUGUUUGUUCUCUUUGAGAGGGAAUCGUCCGAAGAAUCGUACGAAUCCACGGAAGCCAAGUACGACUUUGACUUCGCCGUGAAACACGACUACACCGGCGCCAACUUCGGCCACCAGGAGUCCCGCGACGGCCAGGAAACCAAAGGGUCCUAUUACGUCCAACUUCCGGACGGCCGCCUCCAGACGGUCCGCUACUACGUCGACGGGAACUCCGGAUACGUGGCCGAAGUCAGCUACGAAGGCGAAGCCAGAUACCCGGAUUCGGAUGAGACUAGGGGUUACUCACGGCCGCGGGCUUCUUACUCGGCCCCCAGGACGUCUUACUCACAACCGAGGAACUCCUACGCAGCUCCGAGAUCUCUGUACUCAGCUCCUGACUCAGAAGAGUCUUACGAGACUUCUGAGUCCCUGGAGAUCCCAAGAUACAUCGACAUAAGGCCCCUGUAUGGCUAA